AUGACGACUCUUCGAAUGAUGGAUGUCCGCAGCAAUAGCAACACUCCGCAAGCGCAAGUGCACACUCCCCUGUUGUUGUCGUCGUCAAAACCAAAACGGCACAACUCUCCCACUCCGCCAUCUCGGCAAGGCAGUAUGAAACGGAUUCGUCGACGUACCAAACGCAACGACAGUGGACUGAGCAUGCGUCGUUCGAUUAGUCAUCCACCGUCCCGUCGCGAAUCGUUCAUUCCCAAAGUCAAGAAAGCAUUGCAGCCAUUGUUGGGUGGUAGUAGCAAAACAAAAGACAGAAACAAGAAUACUACUGCUACUACUGGUAGUGCUAGUGCCAGUAGUAGUAGUAGCAACAGUGACAGCGACAUUGACAACAGCACUACCGACUUGGAAGCGGGAUGUCCCACAUCCGAAGGUCCUCGUUGUGCUUCCUUAUUGCACAAGAAGAAUGACGAUCAUCCCGCACAAUUCACAACGACAAGACGAUCUACCAAUACUACAACCAAAUGCCCCACCAAUUGCUAUUAUUGGGCGGCCGAUCCAUGGCUCCGCUGCCGUCAUGAUUGGACCGAAUUUUGGCACGUCCUUCCACUCAUGGUCAAAGUUUCUGUAGGAGUCCACUUCUUGACGUGUCUCUAUUGUGUCACCAGUUUGUAUCACUAUCAAACGUCCUUGAUUGGCAGUCUGGGAGCACUCUUUGUCACGACUCUCGUGGCAAGCGCCUUGGUAACGUCCUCUCUCGUCGCUGCUGCUGCCUUUCGCACGGCCCAUUUGGAAUGGAUGGAAAUGAUGGAUCAACAAAUCAAAAGUCGUGCCAUUUUAACGUCCCUCUAUCCGACACGAGUUCUGGAACAAAUGUAUCUCGACAUUACACCGGAACAAUUGGCACUGGCACAAGAACAAAUCCAAUCCCAUCUCGAUCAAACAUUGGCCACAUCCUCUUCUUCUUCCUUACUGCAUCAUGCGACUGGCGAUGAUCCAACUGGCCAACAGAGUCAACGAGAAAUGAGCGACGAAUCGAUCAUGUUUCAUCAAGAACAAGAGCAAGAAAAACUACUACAAGAACGACAAUUUAGAAAGGAGUCCUUUCACAAUUCCGUCAAUAGUCUCGUGGACAAUGUGCACGACAGCAGUCGCUCUCUACUAUCGUUGGACAGAAACACGAAUACGACUACUAAUAAUUGGGGAGACACGACACUCCAUACGAGCAACAACAACAACAAUAACAAUCAUCUGAGUAGUAGGAGUGGACGAUCCACUCCGGCACAUUCCGACGAUGAAGAUGACGACGGUGACGACGAACCCGUCAAUUCUGUUAAGAAAACCACAGUGGAUCGCACCAGUUUGGGUUAUGGUGAUGACGAACCACCCAAACUCAUGGCGCCGCCACUGGCUGCUCGUCCUCCUCCUUCUCCUCGUCAUCAUCACACGGACACGUGUCCAACCACAAGCACCACCACCAGUACCAAUACAGAAAUGAUUUGCAUUCGGCGCAAUUCGCUGACACUUCGUCGCAAAAGCAUGACACGACGGGCUACCAUGGGGAUCCAACCACGCCGAACGUCGAGUAGUUUUCGACGACGAUCGUCCGUGGGAUCUACUAAAAGUGUCAGUUCGAAUGCAUCGUCGGCUACUACGGGACGACCCAUUCAAGAACGAUUCGAUCCAACGACGGUACUCUUUGCCGAUAUUGCUGGAUUUACACAAUGGUGUUCGGAACGAGAACCGUGUCAUGUCUUUACAUUGCUCGAAGCGGUCUUUUUUGUGUUCGAUAAUCUGGCCAAACAAUUGUCCGUGUACAAAAUUGAAACGAUUGGUGAUUGCUACGUGGCCGUUACCGGAAUUCCCGAUUUGCUCGACGAUCAUUGUGUCGCCAUGGCGCUCUUUGCCUCGCAAAUCAUUUUGGAAUUUGAUCAAGUUGUUGAGGGAUUGGCAACCGAGGAUGGGUUGGGGUUGGAUACGGCGCUGCUAAGGUUGCGGGUGGGAUGUCACAGUGGGCCCGUCACGGCAGGAGUGCUCCGAGGUGAUAAAGGACGGUUUCAGCUCUUUGGAGAUACAGUCAACACGGCAGCCCGUAUGGAAUCGAACGGACAACCAGGAAGGGUUCAGAUCAGUGCACAAAUGGCCCAUGUACUGGCACUCGACGGAAAAUCGCAUUGGUACACGCCCCGACCCGACAAAAUCACAGCCAAAGGGAAAGGAGAGUUGCAAACGUACUGGUUGCAAGAUGAUCUCAUGGGACAGUACAAACGAGACCGUGAAAACAAAGUUCAGCUACAAAGGUCACUCUGGACCAACUUGGAAGAUGUCACCAAUCUGCAACAGCAACAGCUGAUCGACUGGAACAUUCAACAACUGGAAAUCUUAGUCAAGAAGAUUGUGGCCAUCAAUACGGCACACCAAAUGGAUGCUUCGCGCGACGAUCAAAUGGACGAUUGGGGUGGUCCUCUCCAUUACGAAGAACCGGAUGGAACCAUACUCGAUGAACUCAAAAUGACAACCAACAACAGCGGCAAUCUGAUACCGAUCAGCAAAAACACCAAUGUGAACUACGAAUCGGUCGUCUUGUCUCCCAAGGUCGCGACCGAACUUCGCGACUUUGUCAAAGCCAUUGCCGCAAACUUCCAAAACAACCCCUUCCAUAACUUCCAGCAUUCGUGUCACACGAUUCGAUCCAUCCUUCAGGUAAUGACAGAGCUCGAAAAGAGCAGCAGCAGUGCCAGCAACAACAACAACAGCGGCAGCAACAACACAGGUGGGAAACCUGCCACUGUCCUGUCACGAGAUCCGUUGGCGCAAUUCGUCCUUGUGUUAACGUGCAUGGUGCAAGACGUGGACAAUCCCGGUGUUACCAACGAACAGUUGAUGAAAGAAGAUUCCGACAUGGCCGAGUACUUCAACAAUACAUGUCUUCAACAACAAAAUGCGUUGGACGUGGCUUGGGAGCUCCUGGUGGGCGAAACUUGCGAAAACUUGCUCCUUGCAAUCUGCUCGCAUUCCGCCAUGGAAUUGGAUCGGUUUCGCAAGUACAUGGUCCAUGCAAUGAUGGCGACCGAUCUCGAAGAUCGCGACCUGAUGCUUGCCCGAUACAAACGCUGGAAUGAAGUUAGCAACCCGCACCACAGCACGAAUCGACGAAACAGCCUUUCAUCCUCUCCUCCAACAUGGCUGCAGAGCAUUGUGUGCAUCGAACAAGCGAUGCAAUUGGCCAAGCAAAUUCAUGCCGUACAAACUCCCGUCUUUUUCUCGCAGUGGAGCGACCGAUGCUUUCGAGAACAAUACCUGGCGUACAUCAAGGGUCGUCGGGAGCAGGAUCCAUGUCAGCACUACUACGAAGAUCAGUUGCGUUCCUUUCGCAGGGCAAUCGUGCCGCAGACGGAACGAUACAAUCGGAACUCUAGCAAUGGUGGACGCACUCUGAUGCUGUUGGGGACCUGCGAUGAGCUAACCCGACAAGCUCGACAGAACUUGGAAGAAUGGGAGCGCUCCGGGCAGAUGCGAGUUCAAGAAUUGGCUCGUGCGGCCAAGUACGAAUUCGGCGAGAAACAAACGUCCUCUUGA